AAAUCCAACUAGGCUAUCCUCAACCACACGGAAAGGGAGAUAUAUAUAUAUAAACAUAACUGAAUGAUAUAUAAUAGAGUUGUACAUAGAGACGUUUACAUAGCUAGCCAACAAAUGGAGAUCAUGAGGUUAGUGUUAAUGUUAGUGGCUUUGUUGAUGGUGCUUAUGCCUAAGGGAGAAGGCCAAUUAGUGGAGAAUUUCUAUAGUUCAACUUGUCCAAACGUCGAAUCCAUCGUGACCCAAGCUGUGACCAACAAGUUUACUCAAACCAUCACAACUGGACAAGCAACUCUGCGUCUAUUUUUCCAUGAUUGCUUCGUUGAGGGAUGUGAUGCAUCUGUUAUAAUAUCGUCACCAAAUGGGGACGCAGAGAAGGAUUUCACAGAAAAUCUUUCGCUACCAGGAGAUGGGUUUGACACUGUUAUCAAGGCAAAGCAAGCAGUGGAAGCUCAAUGCCCUGGCGUGGUUUCAUGCGCAGACAUUUUAGCACUCGCUACCAGAGAUGUCAUAGGCUUGCUUGGAGGGCCUUCGUUCAAAGUAGAGCUUGGACGCAGAGACGGGCUUAUUUCCAAAGCAUCGCGUGUAGAAGGAAACCUUCCAAAAGCGAACUUCAACUUAGACCAACUCAACGCGCUCUUCUCCAAACACGGCCUAACCCAAACCGACAUGAUAGCACUCUCGGGAGCCCACACCGUUGGGUUCUCACACUGCGACCAGUUCGCGAGCCGUUUAUAUUCGUUCUCAUCGUCGAAUCCAGUGGACCCCACUCUGGACACCUCGUACGCGCAAGAUUUGAUGGCGGGGUGCCCGAGAAAUCCCGACCCCCCCGUAGCGGUUGCCCUGGACCCGCAAUCCCCUGCGGCCUUCGACAACGUCUAUUACCAGAACUUGGUAUCCGGAAAAGGGUUACUCACCUCGGACCAGGUGCUGUUCACGGACUCUACGUCGCAGUCUACGGUGGUGCGGUUCGCGAACAACGCUGCGGACUUCAAUGAAGCGUUUGUGGCAGCCAUGAGGAAGCUUGGAAGGGUUGGGGUCAAGACUGGGAGCGAGGGAGAGAUUAGGAGAGAUUGCACGGCGUUUAAUUCGUGAAUGCAUGGUGAAGGGUUGGUUUGUGAAUUGUGAGAGUGGGUUCAUACGUUGAAUAAUGUUGUUACCUAAGGAGAGGUUCACGUAAAUAAGGUUUUGGUUCGUUGUGUUCAAUAAAGGGAUUCAUUAUUAAUUGUGCAGUGGGGAUAUGAUGUGGGUUUUGCAAAUUAAUUCAUUGCUUGUUUAGGGCUUUAGGUAAUGUAAUGCAUGUACAAUCUUUUUUGUAUGAUGAUGAAUUUAUAUGGAUGCAAAUUAAUAUUUGCUCAAGUGGCCCGUCGUGAAUAUAAAUAAUGCUUGUCAAUAUAA